GGUGUGCAUACCUGUUUUGUGUGUAAAGAGAGAAAGGCAGAUGUGAAACGUUGUGUCGUAUCCCACUGUGGAAAAUUCUACCAUGAAGCUUGUGUGAAAAAAUUUCAUCUUACUGUGUUUGAGAACAGGGGGUUUCGAUGUCCUCUCCACAGCUGCCUAAGUUGUCAUGUUAGCAACCCCUCACACCCACGAAUUUCAAAAGGAAAGAUGAUGCGUUGUGUUCGCUGUCCUGUUGCAUACCAUGCUGGAGACGUUUGCAUUGCUGCGGGAUGUGCAGUCAUCGCUUCCAACAGCAUUGUGUGUACGAAUCAUUUCACUGCCAUGAAAGGAAAAAGUCAUCAUGCGCAUGUCAAUGUGAGCUGGUGCUUUGUGUGUUCAAAAGGAGGAAGCUUGUUGUGCUGUGAGUCAUGUCCUGCAGCGUUUCACCCAGACUGUUUAAACAUUGAAAUGCCAGAUGGGAGCUGGUACUGCAAUGACUGCAGGGCAGGGAAGAAGCUCCAUUUCCAGGAUAUUAUUUGGGUUAAACUGGGAAAUUACAGAUGGUGGCCUGCAGAAGUUUGCCAUCCAAAAAAUGUACCCCCAAAUAUCCAGAAAAUGAAGCAUGAAAUCGGAGAAUUUCCUGUGUUUUUCUUUGGUUCUAAGGAUUACUAUUGGACGCACCAAGCACGGGUGUUCCCUUAUAUGGAGGGAGACAGAGGGAGUAGAUAUCAAGGAAUCAAAGGAAUUGGAAAAGUCUUCAAAAAUGCUUUGCAGGAAGCUGAAACUCGAUUUCGAGAAAUAAAGCUACAGCGAGAAGCCAAAGAAAGCCAAGAAAGUGAGCGUAAACCUCCACCAUACAAGCAUAUUAAGGUGAAUAAACCUUGUGGUAAAGUGCAGAUAUAUACUGCUGACAUUUCUGAGAUUCCCAAGUGCAACUGCAAACCCACAGAUGAAAACCCUUGUGGCUUUGAUUCCGAGUGCCUAAAUCGGAUGCUGAUGUACGAAUGCCAUCCACAAGUUUGUCCAGCGGGAGAACGGUGCCAAAACCAGUGCUUCACAAAACGGCAAUACCCUGAGACAAAGAUCAUCAAAACUGAUGGGAAAGGGUGGGGUCUGGUCGCUAAGAGGGACAUUAAAAAGGGAGAGUUUGUGAAUGAGUAUGUCGGUGAGCUGAUUGAUGAAGAGGAAUGUAUGGCAAGAAUCAAAUAUGCACAUGAAAAUGACAUCACCCACUUCUAUAUGCUUACUAUUGAUAAGGACCGUAUUAUUGAUGCUGGCCCCAAAGGAAACUAUUCUCGUUUUAUGAAUCACAGCUGCCAACCAAAUUGUGAAACUCUAAAAUGGACAGUAAAUGGAGACACUCGUGUCGGCCUCUUUGCUGUGUGUGAUAUUCCUGCAGGGACAGAGCUGACUUUUAAUUACAACCUUGACUGUCUGGGCAAUGAAAAAACAGUCUGCAAAUGUGGAGCCCCAAACUGCAGUGGAUUUCUUGGGGACAGACCAAAG